CCGCUUUCUACAGUUAAGGUACAAAAGGAUGAGCCAGUGAUUAAAAAUGAACCCGAAGAACCUCGCCAGCUGUUCUGGGCAACCAUGGCAGAAGAGGAUGAACAGGAAUGGUUCACUCUGAAAGUCAACCAGAUCUUUGCCGAGUGUCAGAAGCUAAUAGAUGAGGGUAUUCCAAAGGAAGAAAUCCUAUCCAUACUGGAAAAGCAGGUUGAGAAUAUUCCGGAAGCAAAGAAGCUUUCCAGAUAUUGGGAAUGUCUGGCACGUCUUGAACAGAGGGAAGGCCAGCCAUAUAGAGUAAUUGACGUGUGUGAGAAAGCAGUGGCAGCUGGGGCACAGCCUCUAGAAGAGCUGAGAGCCAUUCUUGCAAAUACACUGGAACAGUUGAAGACUGAGCCUGGAGAGAACCAAAAGAAUGAGAGUGAG